UAUAAUAAAAAUAUAAUUGUUAUGGUAGGAAGAGGAAGUGCUUAUAUUGCCCUUUCCCCUGAAAUCACAGGCGUUAGAGAAGACCAGAGAGAGACCUGAAAGGUGGUCCUCCUCUGCAUCUCUCUCUCUCUCUCACUCUUCCUCUCUAACAGGUUUCUCUCUCUAGGAAAAAAACUGAAGUUUUAUAGAUUAGAGAGAGAAAGAGGAGGUACUUCUCUCAAAGCUGCACUGAAUUUUUUCAAAAAAGAAUCCCUCUACUUGCUUCAUUGCUUCUACUUCACUCCCUCUGAAUUUAGCACAAAGCUCUAGCUCUCUCUCUAGAUCUCCAAUCUUUCCUGGUUACCUAAAAAGAGUCCCGACUCUUUCUCUAUCUCAGUCUUCCACAGCUUUGACAAUCCUCCUUUAAACUAGCUAAACAUUUUGACAAUCAUUUGACAAAGUAAGAGAAUCUGAGGGUACCCAAUUGCAGAUUUUCCCGGAAGAUGGAGAAUUUUUCCGGAAAAAAGAGACCCACCAUCAGUCUCUCACUCUUCACUACCUUCUCUGAGUCAGUUUCCUCUGAUAAGUAUCCCAAUUCAAUCAAAUCUCCUAGAAAUUUCCAAGAGGGUGUGGUUGGACUUGGCAUAGUGGCUGCCAUGACUGAUUUGAGCAACCCCAAUGAAGUGGCUUCGUCUGAAAAGUCACCAAGGUCAAGCCCAAUCCCCAUAGUCUCUGCAGCUAAACCUGCUGCUAAUUUCAGAGGUGGGUUUAAUAUGGAGAGGCCAGGGGUUGUGGUGGAUGAAUUGUCUGAGAGUUAUACUUGUGUGAUUUCUCAUUUUGGGAACAAUUUGACAAGGAAACGUGUUUAUUUUGAUGAUAAGCUUAGUGGAGUUGUUAAUGAUCCCAGUUCUGGUGUUGUGGCCUCUGGGGUGUUCUCUGCUUCACCAGUGAGUGUUGGUGAAGUGGGUAGAGAGUUUUGGGCUUCUGAUUUUCUCAGUUCUUGUUAUCUUUGCAACAAGCAGCUUCAUGGACUGGACAUUUUCAUGUACAGAGGUGAAAAAGCAUUUUGCAGCACUGAGUGCCGCGACAAACACAUUAGAAGCGACGAUCACAAAGAGAAGUGCAGAUCUGAAGCAAUAAAAUCAAUGGAUUACUCUGUGUCACCCUGCUCUAGUCCGCUGGUCUUCUUGGCGGGGGUCGCUGUGGCAUGAACAUUUUUACAAACCUAUAUAAGUAAAUAAUAGAAAAGGAUGGGAAAUGUUAUGAGAAUAAAACUGGGUAUAACCGGGAUAAGACACAGUAGAUAAAAAUUGAGAGGGUUCAAGCAGGCAGUCUCUACAGUCAUCUAUUCAAAUUGCCAGAAUUAUUUUUUUUAAGAUUGGAGAAAUUUUAUUGAGAAGUUGUGAACUAAUAUGAACCUGAAAGAGAGAUUUAUAGUUUGUAUUGUAUGAAAUGCCAGUCAUAAUUGUUACAAGGAGCACCUGAUGUUAUGCUA